CUUGCGACGCCUCAUUUUGAAGAGAAACAUGUUUUUUUUUACCUCACGUUUCAUUUUCACUUUAUGUCGCUAGUUGAUAUUGUUUUCGCGUUUGCUCCAAAAAUAUUUUUCUCCAAAACCUCAUCAACCAAUGAUGCCGACAUCAUCUUAGCUGUGAAUGUUCACGAUUCGAAGGGAAAACCAAAGGAACAAUCUUUCGAACAAGAUUUGCUCGACAUGGAGGAAAAGCUACAACAAUUGCUUCUCGAAAAAGAGAAAACUGAAGAGCUCUUGAAAGCCAAAGACGAGAUCUUGAAACAAAAGGAUAAAGAACUUGAAAAUCGUGGCAAGGAACAAGAGAAACUUCAGAUUGAGCUUAAGAAAUUACAGAAAUUGAAGGAAUUCAAACCCACCAUGGAAUGGAUACUCAAGUAUCUUAUGCAUUUCAUACUGAGCGAAAGUUGAAUCAUGAAAAGUUCAAAAACCAGUUGGUAAAUCAGGUGGGAUGAACAUAGGAAGAUGAGAUUUGUGUGACCAAUAUCAUCUAAGUUAUUGAUUGGGUGAGUGACAUUUCAUUACUUGUCAAUCUAUUAUGAAACAGAUCAUAAAAAUUUAUUAAAAAUAUAUUAUAUGAUAGUGACAAUCGAACAUAGCAUUUUCAAAAAAAUUCAACAAUAGACACUUGUGAGGUCAUAUAGUAAAGUAAAAAUAGUUUAACAUCUAAAUAAUCAAUUCUAUAAAUUUUUUGGGUAAAAAUCAAAAGAUUUAUUCCUCCAAUUGAAAUAUUUUUCUUGUAAAGUAAUAUAUUAACAUUUUCAUAUUUCACAUCAAGCUCCUCCACCUUUUGAGUACUUAAACUAAAGAAAACUAUUUCAUAAUUUUCUUUUUCGAAAAAUAUGUCACCUUUCUUGCCUACUCCAAUAGGCCACGUAAGGCAAGACAAUGGUCCAAUAGUGAAAAGAUUAGUCUAUGAUUCUUUUACACCAACUUCACAUAAAAUGGAUAUGUUAAAAUUAAUUGUAGCAAAAAUUCAUAAGAUCAAAGCAAUGGAUCCAUUUAGCGCCGCUAAAAUGUAUCUGCCAUGGAUCCACAUAUGAGGUUAUGUCUAAGAUAAUGGGUGUUUUAACAAGUACCUCAUUGCUCAAGUUAAAUGAUGUCAUGUCUGCUCCAUUAUGAUUUGCACGUAAAUGUCACCACUUCCACAUUCACAUAGGUGAGUCUAUUAAGAGUACUCGUGUAGUUGGGUAUUCCACUCCAUAUGGAGUAAAUAUCUUAUUAAGAGUUUCUAUUAUCACAUCCUAUCAUCGCUUCAGGAAUCAUGCUUCUAUGAUUUAUAAUAGCAUGUUUAUAUUAUAUCACUUCAUGACUUGAUAUUAUUCAUUGAACCUAAUUCUUGGGAUCGUCAGUCUUUUAGGUUGGGUUACCAUCACGAGUGACUCAUUGAUCUAUAACCAAUAGUUCUAUCCUUUUGGAUGUAUUUAGGAAUUUCUCUCUAGCUAAUCAUUUAGCGAAAGGAUCUGCUAAGCUUUCAUCAGUGCGUACAUGAUCCACUCUAAAAGCUCAUUUUAAAAGUAACUCUCUAAUUGUGUUGUGCUUACACGUAUUUGUCAUCUUUUACCAUUGUAAUAAUAGUUCUCAAUUUUGCAAUAGUUGUGCUACUAUUGCAGUGGAUCAACACAACUAGCAUUGAUUUUUUUCACGGAGGGAUCUUAGCUAGCAAGCAUCUCAACCAACUUGCUUCUUCACUAGUGAUUGUUAUUGUUAUCAUUUGAAACUUCAUAGUGGGUUGAGCCAAUAUCUUUGAUUUCCAAGAAACAUCUCCACCAACUAUGCUAAAUAUAUAGUCAUUGGUUUCUUUUGAGUCAUCUAAUAAAGUGUUCCAAUCAGCAUCAUUGUAUUCUUCAAGGACAAAAGGAAAUCUUAGAUAAUGUAAAUUUGAGAUUCAUGGUUUGUUUAAGGUAUCAUAUGUCUCUCUCAAUAGUA